CGUUUCGGGGACUUGUAGUUCUUAGUGCGCAGCAGGCGGACGCGCAGCGCGAGAGCAGGACUACAGUUCCCGCGCGGCUGCUGGGAGGCGCUGGUUGUCAACAUGGCUGUUGUCACACAGACAAAGCGCCGGGGCGAAUGAUUCGCUAGUGACGGACAUCCUCGCGUAGGGGUCGGACGGGGCGCCGCAGCCGCACCGCGUUCUUGUUCGGCCGCAGUGAAAGACGCCGCACGGCGACGACUUCGCAAGUUGCCAAAGUUAAAUGGUUCCCUUGACGAUUUGAAGCGAGCAGGAUGUCUGAGUUCAGCGAGGAGCCGCGCUUCACCAUCGAGCAGAUCGAUCUGCUGCAGCGGCUCCGGCGCAGCGGCAUGAGCAAGCCGGAGAUCCUGCACGCGCUCGACACGCUGGACCGGCUGGACCGGGAGCACGGCGACAAGUUCGGCCGCCGCACCUCCUCCUCCUCCUCUUCCUCGUCCUGCUAUGGAGUAGGCGGAGCGAACGGUUGCGCCAACAGCUCCGCCUCCAACGCCAACAACAGCAACGCUGCCUUGGCGGCGCCCGCCGCCUCCAGCUCCUCCGCGGCGUGCAACGGAGGCGAGGGCGCUGCCGGCGAUCGCUCGGCGGCAGCCACGUCCUCCACCACGCCCAAAAUCUCCACCUCCACACAGACGCAGUUCGGUCGGGAAGGCGGGCUCUCGCCGUCGCCCAGCAACAGUUACGACACCUCCCCGCCUCCAGGCCCGCCGCCGCCGUCCGCCGCCCUGUCCUCCCCGGUGUCGCUGGUGGCCCUGUCGCAGAACGGUCGGGACAGCCUGGCCGCCACGCCCAACGGGAAGCUGUCUCCGCCCAGGUACCCGGUGAACAGCGCGGCGGCAGCGCGGGCGUUCGGGUUCGAGGCCGCGGAGGAGGACCUGGACAUCGACGACAAGGUGGAGGAGCUGAUGAGGAGGGACAGCAGCCUGGUGAAGGAGGAGAUCAAGGCGUUCCUGGGGAACAGGAGGAUCUCUCAGGCCGUGGUGGCACAAGUCACCGGCAUUAGCCAGAGCCGCAUCUCCCACUGGCUGCUGCAGCACGGCUCCGACCUGAGCGAGCAGAAGAAGAGGGCCUUCUACCGCUGGUACACGCUGGAGAAGACCACGCCAGGUGCCACUCUGAACAUGCGGCCGGCUCCGUUGCCUCUGGAGGAAAUGGAGUGGAGGCAGACGCCGCCCCCCGUCACCACCGCGCCCGGGACCUUCCGGCUGCGUCGCGGAAGUCGCUUCACGUGGAGGAAAGAGUGUCUGGCAGUGAUGGAGAGCUACUUCAACGACAACCAGUACCCAGACGAGGCCAAACGGGAGGAGAUCGCCAACGCCUGCAACGCCGUCAUCCAGAAGCCAGGGAAGAAGCUGUCGGAUCUGGAGCGCGUGACGUCCCUGAAGGUUUACAACUGGUUCGCCAACCGCCGCAAAGAGAUCAAGAGACGCGCCAACAUUGAAGCCACAAUCCUGGAGAGUCACGGGAUCGACGUGCAGAGUCCCGGGGGACACUCCAACAGCGACGACAUCGACGGGAACGACUUCUCAGAGCAGGCAUGCGACCUGCCCUACUUUGACAAGAGGCCUCUCAGUCGACCUUUUGGCCUCUACCGCCUGGAGCCCACCUCGCCCACCCAGGACGACAGCGCGGCGCACAGCGAGCACCAGGACCCCAUCUCUCUGGCAGUGGAGAUGGCCGCCGUCAACCACACCAUCCUGGCCCUGUCCAGGACCGGGGGGGUCCCCAACGACAUCAAGACCGAGUCCCUGGAAGACGAAUGAAAUGGGGAGGAGAGCGAGAGCCGAGGAAAGAAACUGAAGUGAUGCUACUUAGUAAACCGUGCUAAUCGUCCUUCCCUCCUCCACCCGCAACGUCCAGGUAAACCUCUGAUGUCCACGGCAUACACUCCUCACAGGAUACCUCUUCUCCCCCCGUCCAGCCUGAGCCCCCCCUCCGUCUCACCUCACGGUGUGAACCAUAUAUAUAUAAUAUAUAUAUAUAUGGUUCUGAGUCACACGCGACCUACGAUCCCCUGAAGAUUGAGCCUUUUUCUUUGUGCAGUCAGGCGAGUUUUCCUUCCCUUCCUCUCUGGACGGAUCAUCAGAAGCUUCUUGUUUCCUGCUGUUGGAUGAAAAGCUCCAUGCAGAAGAAGCCUUAGACCUUCGAGGCCGGCCUUAACAACUGCACCUUUUACGCUGUUGCAGUAUAUAGCAGGUUUCCCACUUUUAUUUUCUCUCCCUGACAACAAGAGACUUUUCAGUACGCAUAACUAAAAGGAGUCUGAGGUUUAUAUCCAACAGCAGCAGUGCUUCCUCUCCGCUGUUUUUUAGCCUGGAUUUACUCCUGUUGCUCCGUAUUCUGGGGACACAAUUGUUGUUCUGUACUCGAGGCUACGAAGAAUCAAAUUGAGGGUCAAUGUGAUAAUCCGGCUCUAAUUGGGGGACGUGCGUUUGUUUUUAAAUGUCAUCCAUGCCAAAGGAAAAGAUGCUCUGAGCUGUUCCUCGCGCACGGCGCCGCUGUGGUACUAACGGCGUGCCGAUGAGGUGCCCUGAAGCUACUCGUUCUGUGAUGCUGCCUCUCUACGGAGCAUCAAAUGUGCUUUUUUUAAAUGUCGGUGGUAUUAAAGUAGACUAAAUCCACACCGGAAGUCUUGAGACUUCCUGCUUUUUAUUUAAUCCGUAUAACCUCAAAGGUAAAAGCUCUGCUUGAAGGGAAUCAAAGACAUUUAACUUUGCAAUAUUAAGUGGUUACGUUUUUAUUUUGGCCCGGCUGGAACUUUUCCCAAAUCAUCUUUGACCAGACGUUAAAAUGAAGCUUGAACCGCCAGACAGUUAGCUUAGCUUAGCCAAAUGUUCCUCUGAAGCUUCCCAAUUAACCUUUUAUGUUUCGUCUACUUGAAGCCAUACAAAGAAUGAAGUUUAGAAAAUGAGUUUUGUUUUUCCCAAAACGUUGUGCGCUUAAACCAUUUUCUUCGCCCCGUUUUUCUACUUGUACAGAUGAUCUGUCACGUUAAUUAGUGAAGCUUUAGUUGAAAGGACCGCGCUAGGCUAGCCGCAAAGCUAACUGUCUCCUCCCUGUAACCUGCCGCUCUAAAGGGAACAUCUGCCUUGGACACGUCUUCAUGAGACGGAAGAGGGACUCUUCAAUCUACUGCGUCUGUCAAAGAUAAAAACAUGUAUUUAUGCUUUAAUGGUAAUGUACAAAAAAUGAAUGACAUUUGUUUUAUUGUUAAAUGAAUCGUGCUUUUUAAUUUCUCCUGACUUGUUGUCCUCGUGCGUGUGUCUUAUUUGACCGAACGUCAGUGAAAUAAGAAGAAAACACUUUGUGAAAGAUGAUGCACCUUAUUUAGAAUCGCUGUUGACAAAGUUCAAACUCCAUGAUUUAUUACUACAGGCCUAAAGUUACUCGGGCUGCGGUACGAGCCGGUACGCCAGGAGAAGACGUCCCUGCAGAAUGUUUAAAGAGUGGAAGCGGCGUGUGAGCGAGGCCGUACCCAGCAUGCAGUUCUCAUUGCUCUCUAAUCAAACGUGUUUAUUUAUGAACUGUAAAAAAGACGCAAACCUCUUUUCCCUCUGGAGUUUGGUGUGACCCCCCCGGUGCAAACGCCAUCAUUUCCUCCCAAAUAGCUCAGCGAGGACGGAUGAUGCUGCUGCAUCUCUAAUCUACUUAAGUUCAAAGUUACUGUAUUUCCCAUUUCACAAUUUAGUGCCUUUUUUGGACAGUAGACUGUUCUGUAAUUAAGAUGUAGUAUAUAAACAUUUUUUGUACAGUUUCUUUGUUCAUUUUUUUAACUUGUGUUUAUUUUAGUAUGAUAUAUAAAUGCAUAUAUAGCUAUGUGUAUAUAUAUGAUGUACAAGAGAAUAAAGCUAUAUCAAUGA